AUGAAUAAUACUGAAACAAAUUCAACGAUGACAUCAAUUUUAAAAACUCCAAGUCAAGAUGCUCAAGGUCACUGGUAUGAAUUACUUUCACCAACACAAGUAUUGACUGGACAACAGCAACAACAGGAACCAGAACAACCACAGGAGCAUCAUAAAGAGGAAAAGAAGAGAAAAUGUCGUGGUGAUCGAAAAGCACAACGGCGACGUCGACGACUUCGUCGAAAAGGUAUAGAUCCAGAUACAAUUACACAAACAGUUAAUGAAAAAUUAAAUUCUCAACAACAACAAUGUGAUGAAGCAAUACAAGAAGAUAUGCGAGAUGAAAUACAAGUAUCUGCACCACUCGAUCGAGUUUCUCAAUCGACACAACAUAAAGAUAAACAUGAUGAUAGUACAGUAAAUGAAUCAAUAAAACGCAAAAGAAUUGAAAAAUCAUCAAAACAAUCAUCGAAUACAAUUGAUAAAUCUUUAAGUCAAUUAUCUAUUUCACAACCAUCACCGAAGAAACAAAAGACGAUAAAUAAUCACGUUGAUCAAAUUGAACAAGUAACAACAAAUGGAAUAUCAAAAAAGGAAAAUUCGAAAUCCAAAAAACAAAUUAAUCAUAAUAAUGAUGAUUCCUAUAUACCUGAUUAUUUAAAAGUAUCAAAUCGUAUAUUUAGACAAAUGUUAAUUAGUUCAUUAGAAGGUGCUGAUAAAAUUGUGAAACGACUAAAUACAAGUGGAAAAAUUAAUUAUAUUCGUCAAUAUGCUUAUUUAAUUCAUCGUCUAUUUUAUGUACAGUUACAAGAAGAACAAUGGAAGUAUUAUUAUGAUAUAGGUAUGGAAGAAAAUAUUUGGUCAGGACGUGUAUCUAAAAAAUGGGCUGCAAUGAAUAGUAUGAUUUAUACUUAUGGUCGAUCAAAAACAUUAAUUUUACAACGUUUAAAAACUAUACAACGACAACUUCAACAAGCAUCAGAAGCAUUAAAACAAUUUGCCAAUGAACCAUUACCUCCAUGUCUAUCUGAAAUGAAUCCUCCAUUAGACUUUACCACAUUAUCCGGAAUGGUUACAGCACUUGUCCGAAAAGGUCAACAUAAAUUAAAACAACAAUUUGAAUAUAAUAAAAAAAUGUUAAUGCUUGACUCAACAGAUCAUCGUUUAGUACAAACAGUUUAUGAUUUUAAACCAAGUCAACAACAAAUUCGUUCAAUUCGUAAUCUAUGGAAAGCAAUCUAUGAUAAAAAACAAAUGGAAGAACAAAUUCAAAUAUUAAAACAUCGUAUUCAUUCCAAUUGUUUACCACCAGCCUUCAAUCUUCUUGAUUAUUCGCUUGAUAAAAUUGAUAAAAUACUUAACCGAUCAAAACAAUCUUCGACUACUGAUGAUGAUAGCAAACAACAAACUAUAUUAGCUGCUCGACGAUUAAAAAAAGUUGGUCGAUUUAAAUAUGAUUUACUUGAAUUAAGUAUUGCAGCUGGUGAAGAAAAAGUACGAUAUUAUGAAAAAAUAGCAAAAAAAGAAAAAAAGAAAUUAAUAAUGAUUACAGAUAAAUUAAAGAAACAGGAUUCCAAUUCUGAUGCAUUCAAACAAUUAAUGGCAGCUACAGAAGCACGUGAAAAACAUAUGAUUGAACGAGCUGAUUAUAUUACACAACGACAAUUAAAAUCUUUUUUCGACGAAGCUCCGGCGUCACAAGACGAUACAAUGAAGAACGAUGGCGUCGGAGCAAAUUAA